CUGGAGGAUCUUACAUCGGAGCUGAUCCGUUUGUUUGUUCGCAGUUAAGUGCGGUUCUAGAAGACACUGCCAGGUAAUUGAACUAAUAGUGCUGGGGGCUCAAUUUCAUUAAACUAAAUGUAAAAAAAUAGGGUCAAAAGGCGGUGUUACCUUAUUGUGUUGAAGAAAUUAGUAUUAGUCUGUUAUGUUUGCCAAACUAUAUUGUGUAAUAGAAAUGCAGAUUUGUGGAAGUGGCAGUAUUAAUUAGUGCUAAUGUAGUUCUAUAGGCCUCUUGAAGUUGAGAAUACGAAAUUUGUGGCUUUUGUAUAUGGAGAAAACUUGACGGCUUUGCACAAUUUUUCAAAAAGAAAAAAUGUAGAAUUUCUGGGAAAUUAUCAGAGGAAUCAUACAGGUGUGAAUGAUGUUCUGUAAUGCACUGGAUAAGAUGCGACCUGUGUAUAUGGUAACUAUAUACUUCACAUGCAAUGGUUCUAAAGAAAUAAAAUAUGGGGGGAGGGGGUGGUUGGUCAUGUUUCCUAAGGUUAAGAUCAGAUGAUAAAUGUAUUCUCAGUCAGAUUAUUAAGAUUAAAAAAUGAUGUACUAUAAAGUAAAUGUGUGAAUUUCAAUACACUGCAGGAUUCCUAGAAUUUUCCAGUUUAGAGGGAACAUAGACAAAACAUACUAGGACACAUAAGGUUAUUAACUAAAGUUAGAAUUGUCGGGAAUUCAGGCCAAAAAUUGCAAGUUGGAAAAAUUCUCCACAUCAGCUUUGCUUCCAUUUCACAUAUUUUCAUCUAUAAUUUGGAAUUCACUUUUAAUCCCCAACAGUUGGCACUUCAGGGAAUAACCCUGUGUGUUGGAAAAUAUUGCUAAAAUUGAAGAAUAGUCAAAUCUGUUUGGAUAAGGAGGAUUUAGAAGAGGAAUUGUUUGAAGAAGAUCUUUCAGAGAAGUUUAAAUGUCUGAAGGUCCUGUAGGUAUUAUUAUCCAUGUGAUGAGGAACUUGCUUAUGUGGCUCUGCUUAGCAACAUCUUUAAAGGGAUAUCUAUCUAUCAACGCACAAACAUGAUUAAUUUAAAGGUGUGUAAAUAUUGGCUCACAGUUGAACUUUUAUAUUAAAGGUGGGGAAUCGUGCAUAGCACAAAUUAUAGACAGGGAACACUGCCACGAGGUAGGUUCUCCAUACCCAUAUUUAAAUCUAAUUCGUCAGCCACAUGACAGAAAUACAAAGCAACUAUAUUUUUAUUUAGCUUCUUUUGAGACAUCUGUACAGGGUAAACAAAAUGAUAGACAGUUAUAUGUGUGUAUAUGCACCAUUUAAAUCAUAUAAAAUACAGUUUGAUUCAUUGUGCAAAUUCCUGCUUUUUAAACAUUUGUAAGUGAUACAGAUGACAAUUCUAAAUUCAAUAUUUAUUAGAUAAGAGUCUCUCAAUGCAAUCUGGUUAAAUACUACCAACAGUCUUCAGAUCCCACAAUCAAGCUAUCAUUUAUCCAUAUACAUAUUAGGGAGGUCAUAUCACUGCGUGAUUAAGGUUAUUUGUGUUAGCACUCAGCUAAGCCAACAUCGAAUUGCCAAAAAAGUAACAGAGCAUCUAAGUACCAAAGGUUCUCAUUGCAAAAAUACAUCUUCACUGCUUUCCAAUUGAAGGCCUAGUAAAAAAAAACCCCACCAGAUUAUUCUCAAUGUGCAAAAAUAGAAAAUGGAGAUAAAUGUAUCGUGGCAGGCUUAUGCAAUAUAAGAUCCUAUACUGUAGCUAAACCCCCAUUAUUUUGUCACGUGUUUUAUUAAAAGUACUAUAACAUUCUGUGAGCUUUGAAGUUACUGUUUAGUGAGUGAGUGCGCUGUAUCUUGUAUGUUAUAUAUAUAUAGAAAUAUAUAUAUACUUCUGGGCGUUAUAAUUCUAUGAUCACAUACACACACGUGUUUAAAUUAGAGGCAGUGAGAAUGUUGAAUUAUAUCAUCCGACAAUAAUUUAAAUGAUGUAAAUUGCACGGAUGCAAACCUAAGACUUAGAACGUCUUUCCAGCUCGGAGUUAAAAGUCUGGCAUCUCUCUAAGAUCUAUCACUGCUUGACUUCAUUGAUCCCCACAGAAGUGUCUCCUUUUGGAAGCCUACCAUAUAGUUGUUUGCUGAAUUGUGACAAGUAAGAAACUCUGCUAAUCCCCCAACUAGAGCAGAUCUUGGCAUAAGGAGAUUAACGGGGAUGCCAUGAGCUAGCCGCAACAGAAUAAUUUUCUACACCAGAAUCCCUGACCCACCCCGAUCCAGGGACAUAGGGGAUAGUACGGUAGCAUCGAGACAAGAAUCCGGAUAUAGGGUAAGAUUGAUUUGUGCCUGUGAGGCAUUACCUAAUUAGUGUGAUCAGCCUACGUAAAUUCAAGUCUAUUUUAUUUAUAUAAGGCCAUUAUUAAUGUUUACAUUUAGAAAACUUGAUUUGUUAUCACUCAGUACUUUGCGCAAAAUAUAUAUAAUUUUUUUAGUGUCUUACGGAACCCUUCAUUAAUCACUCCCAUAAUUCUCUUAAUUAGACAUGCGGCGAUUUAAUAAUCAAAAAAUGCUGCAAUGAUAAACUCGAUCUGCUUGUGUGUGGAGUGCCGUGCACAUCAUAAGUAACCUAUAUCAGUUGUCUGUAUAGCACCCUUGAACGUACAAGGGUGAAAAUAGCUUAAUUCAUGACAAAGCAUGACUUAAAGGGACACUCUGGUCAAAGUAGGUGCCCCCUAAAUAGUUGUGUGUUAUUCUCACCAUCCAUCUAAGAAUAAAAAAUUAUGUCUGACUCCUGGGCAUACCUCUCUAAGUUUGGUUUGCUGGUGGCCUGGUCCAUACCAGGGUCACGAUCACAUCCUUAUUUGCUGUAGUUGAGAAGGCUGUGUGCUCCUGCCAUCCCCAAUAUUAAAGAUCCGGAAUUUUGGAGUAGCGUGCUGGAACUUCAAUGAUGAGGUGGGCUGAUGGUGUCACUGGUUCUUUUGGAUCAUAACCCAUGAUUUUGUUUAAAAAGGUGUCUUUAAAUCAGUAUCCAUGGCUAAGGAAAACUGCCAAAAUGCAGAGUGAAUCUUGAAACACCUUGACUGUCUGUGUAUGCCAGGCUGUGAAUUCUGGGAUAGUUGUAAAAACAUGAUUUGUCCUGUUUCUGUGCCUAAGCGUCAACGUCCAACUUGAGAUAUACAGGUGAUGUACAACAUAAUAUAUACAUAGAGAUGAGAUACUCUAGUAGUGUUACUCACGUAUCUAUCAACUUGAUUUCCAAUCAGGACAAAGGAUGUUCCUAGGCAAGUGUGAUGGAGACCUCUGUGACCUGAGAGGAGACAGCACCCCAACUCCUGGGCCUCCAGACGGAGAGGAUGAUGACCUUCCUAAAAAGAAGCAUCGCAGGAACCGUACAACCUUCACCACCUACCAGCUCCAUGAGCUAGAACGGGCCUUUGAGCGUUCUCACUACCCUGACGUGUACAGUCGAGAAGAACUUGCAAUGAAAGUCAGCUUGCCAGAGGUUCGAGUGCAGGUAAGACCAAAAUAGCAGCAAAAAGAUACCAAGCAACUAUUCCAUCAAUAAACUACCAAUCUGAGUUCUCUGUGCCACAAGCAGUUCUUCCCUCUCUUUCACCCUGUCCUGCCUCCUCAAUUUCAAACACAUUAUUAGGAUCCAUCCAUUUUUAAUCAACAUGCCACAAAAACUCUAAUUGAUUCCCUAAUUUCUUGUCUUUUGUGUUGCAACCUCUGUACUCAGCUGACUAGUUCAUUUUUCUAUACAUUAUACAGAUUAAAGGGACAUUACAAAUGUAAGAGAUUGGGCUCCUUGCCAAGGACAACAAUCUGGCUUUUACAAUGUGCCUUAUAAAUGCAGCAAGUUGCAAACCUCUCGGCAGUUAUAGGUCUUCACCAUUACUAAAAUUUAUUUUGGAUGGUUCAUCCCCAUCAAAUGCCUUUUAAUCAGCACCAGACAAAUUGAUUGUCCGGGUUGUACCUGUGGUCUUGGGGCAUAAUCAACGGUGCCUGAGGGACCCUCAGUUUGUGUCACACUAUUGAAGAAUAGUUUGACCCAGGACUGAAAGAUAUCACUAGGAGUAUGCUGGCAACAUAUGGAACCAGUGAUUAUGGUGCCUAAAAUGCCCCUUGAAGGGAGUUGUAGUUUUGCUCUCUGAAAAGUAGCCUUACAAUACAGGGGCAUCUGGGUUACGCUUAGCAACUUCUUGAUUUGGUGAGCAUAAGUUGCACAGCAUGUUGAUUUGUAACAAAUAAUAAUAAUGAAAAAUGAAAAAAUUGUUUUUUAUAAAAAAAUAUUUUUAUAUAUCAUUAUUCAUCUACAUAAUACACAACAAUAAAGGUUACAUUUCCAUAAUUCUACGUCAGCGUUGUCUAAGGUCCAUAGGGCAUACUAGUAAUUCCACUAAAUAAUACCCAGUAUCACAAUGCCUACAUAGUUCUCCUAUUUUCACUAGAGCUCUAAUGUGCCACACAAGAAACCUGUAACGGCACCUGUAAAUAUGUCCACCUAUAUUCGGCCUUGUAUAACUACUCACACCUGAUAGAUACUUUUACAUUUUACAGUAUUACAAUAUGACGAUGAAAACAAUGAUUCUACUGGAAUUUUUACAGUACACAAAAAUAGUUUUCAUUGCAAACACUGGUGAAAAUCAGUUUUCAAGCCUUUCCACAAAUGGUCAACAGAAUUAAAACCUGGGCUUUGAGAUGGCCAUUCAAACUUCAGAUUCUUGGCUUUAAACCAUGUCAGCGUGUUUAAGGUUAUUAUCCUGCAGGAAACAAAUCAUUUUCCCAGUCAUAUGUGUGUCUGGCAUAUAGAGUUGGCCCACUUGAACUGCUUUAUCCACUUUUCCGUUCUUGGAAUGUAAAAAUUUUUUUUGAAGGUCAAAACAUCUGUUUUGGUCUCAUCAGACCACACAAACCAUAUGUGGUUUCAAUAGAGCAAACACUUUUCUAUUGCAAAUUCUACCUGUGUAAUUCCCUGUCUCGCCGAGAUACUUGUAAGAGCCACACUAAGUUUGGCUUCAUCUUUGCUGUGUCUACCAUAUACAUUUUGGGAAACUCCAAAUGAGAAAUGGCUUUCUUCUUGCCAUCUUGUGACAUUCAUUAAGCUUUGUUGAGAAUAUACAUUAUAAUCAUGCUCUGGACAGUUUCUCUUAUCUCAGCUGCAAUGCUUAACUGCAUCUUUAAAUAAUGCACUGCAUUAUCCAUUCUUAUUUUCAAUUGAUGGGCACUCCUAGGCAGUCAGGGUUAUGCCAAAUCCUUUCCAAAAGUAAUGGGACACUUUAGCAUCCAAACCUAUGCUUCCCAGAACUUUAUCUGUUGCUGUUUAAAGGGUUACUCCAACUAUUAUAAACACCGCAGCCUGAUCUAGUAGUUAUGAUGUUAGGAGUACCCUUGCACAGUCCCAGUAAUAAAGCAAACCGUUUUACAACGGUUUGCCUGGUACACCAGGCGCCAGGGCUACUCUGAGGAAGGGUUUACAUCAUCCAGCUUCUACAGAGCAGUAGAAGUUGGAUGCCAAACAUGUUACUCAUCUAUUGACUGGCUGAUGAAACCCCAAUGAUGCUGCCGGUGGUGGAGUUAUACCGCGGCAGCAGAGGGGUUAAGCUUGGUAUGCACAGCAUUUCUAAAGCGAGACACUGAAGUGGUCACGUUGCUUGGAGUAACCCUUUAUUAUAUCUCCUAUUUAUUUAGCACGGUGGAAUAUUAGCUCAAUAUAAAUAAAUAAAUGUUGACAAUAGAGAGCUUUGUAUUUACAAGGGUCGUAUACAAUUGAUGUAUUAAUAGGUGGCAUUGGCAGAUACAAUGGUUGAUUUUGCAAGCAUAAUUAUUGCAUUGUUUUCUCCUGUGGGGUGGUUGAAAAUGUUGGCAAAACAAAGUUUGGAAUGUUAGCUAAACAAUAUACAACUCAUGGAGGCCUUUUACCUAAAGAUUAAUCUUUAAAGAAGAAAAAAAAAGGGUUAGCUAACAAAAAAUACUAGCAAGUGUUUUUAAAUAUCUAUUUUGUACAAUAAAGAUAUCUUAAUGAUAGAAUAAAAAAAUACCUGUAAAACGCAAGUCAUUUCAGCCUGAAAAUGCCUCCUGUAUGUUAUAUGUAAAAUAGGGUCCACUUUUAAUCUUCACUUUAUGGAGCACUUGUAGCACUUAAGCACUUAUUGGGUGUGUAGCACCCUUCUUUCUUAGAUUUUUCUCUAUUUUUUCUUUUUUUAAAGUAAUUGAGAUGGAAUGUAUAAACAUGGGGUACUUGCAUAGAACACCCUCGAAGGUGUUUGCAUAGGAGAUUUAGGGACUAGCAGCUAGGGCACCUUUGUGGUUAUUUGACCAAUUUGGCUCUGCAUGUAAACCUGUCCCAUCAUCUCAUCUCUACCUUUAUGGGACAUCUGCUAAAUACCUACACAAAGGGGAUAUGGACAUUUCUAAAUGCUGCAUAAAUAGAUUGGAGGGAGCAUAUAUACUCACCUCACUUGAAUGCUUUUGGAUUAUUUUUUAGCAAUUGAUUUCCUACCAUCACCUCUCUGUCUUGGCUAAAUACAUGGCUGCCUUGCUUUUUACCGGUCUCUUGCUUCUAAAACUAACCCGUAUUUAUCCUGUUUAUUUAGGAUUUAUCAACCAUCAUUGGGACCUACCAUAUCCCCAAUAGUAUUUGGCUGCUUUUUGAUGCCAGUAAACUAGAAGGGAAUGGGGCUGUAACUACCAUAACCACUUAUACACUUGCUUCCCAGCCCAGUGCCUUUUUGUUUUCUUGAUUUUCCUGUUUUAUCCAAUAAAGUAUUUUUCCAUUAGAUGCUACUGGUACUUAAGGCUGUGGACAACUGUAGUAGUACCACACUAGACAGAUCUCUAAGCUAGCUAUUAAUAGCUGUAAUUUUUUAUAUUUUUUUUUCCCCUUUUCAAUAUACCAGUACUGAGUCUCCCCUUGAUUGGGGUGUAUUCAACUUUGAUUUAUACGUAACGUUAUCUUGGGUCCAAGCGCACUUGGUGGAGCUGGUACCACUGUACUGACCUCUAUGUUCCUAACCCAUUAAUUGGGAUUAGGUUACAUAGCGUUAUUUCUACUUACGAUUUAAUAUAUAUAAAAUAGUACUAAAAAGUUAUAUGAUUUAGGAAGAUGGUUUGUGUACUGUGCAAUGUAUAUUCUUUGCAGAGAAAAAAAGCCCAACAGAUAAACCCUGCUAACGCAUGUUCAAGAAAAAUCAUUUAAAAAUAUGCUGCACACAACAUAUAGCUUAUUCUCUUCCAUUGAGUUUUGUUUUUUAUAUCCGUUGAUCCGUCUGCUUUUGGUCACAAGAAGUAUAUUUCCCUUUUUCUAGGUAAAAAUAGUAGAUUUUACUGGAAAAAACCUUUACAUUAACAAAAAAUAUACUGGAAAUUUAACUUCCUUUAACAUUUUAAACAAUCUGACGACCUUUUAAUAUUAAAGAGUAUUUAAACAUACAUUUUAAUCUUACUUAUUUUAUUAAACUCAAAUCUUUUUUUAAAUAAUUUGCUAAAUAAAUAGCAGUAAUAAACAACUCUUUGGAUUGUAAAAAACAAAUAGGUUUCUCUGUUUAUCAUUCAAAAUCAACACCCUUCUCCUUGCUCCACAUACACUCUUUCAACCCCACCUACUAUUCUCCUUCAAAAAUCUCUGAGAGCAUAUAAUCCUCAUGUAGCCCUACUUAUUGUGCCACUUAAGCAUUGCUUUUCCAACUCCCCAAGAAAAGGCUCCUUAAUGUUCUAAAUGCCGCUCAUUAUCCCUGCCUAGUUGCAUAUGCUUUGCACCUUUUCUCUGCUAAUCCACAACUUGAACUAUCCAAUUAGUGAGCACAUCGAGCCGUUAAUGGAAUCAACGUUAGCUGGGAUCUGGUCUCGGAAAAGCCAAUUGCAUUUAUCUUAAUGCUACAGAUUUCUCUCCCUUAGUAACACCUGUUUACGUCUUUAUUGAAUGACAAUUAUUUUAUUUCUUGCUUGAUUUAGGUUUGGUUCCAAAACAGACGUGCAAAAUGGAGGCGCCAGGAAAAGCUGGAGUCCUCUACUACCAAGCUCCAUGACUCCCCACUGCUGUCAUUCUCACGGACCCCUAUAACUACAAGUAUGGGGCCUCUGACGUCCUCCCUACCUUUGGAUCCCUGGCUCACAUCACCAAUAUCUGGUGCUACGACUGUCCACAGCAUGCCUGGAUUUAUGGCCCCUUCACAGGCACUCCAGGCCCCUUAUCCAAGCCACUCGUUCCUUAACAGUGGCCCUCCAAUGACAUCUAUUCAGCCUCUCAGCAGUGGUCCUUACCAGUGUAUGGGGGGCUUUGUGGACAAGUUUCCAAUGGAGGAGUUGGACCAAAGAAGUUCCAGCAUUGCAGCAUUGCGUAUGAAAGCCAAGGAGCACAUCCAGACCAUAGAUAAGACAUGGCAACCUAUGUGACAUACAAUACUUCUUUGGAUGGAUACUUUGAACUAAGGCAGACUUUUUACAUGAGGC